AUGAACGGCACGGGGACCUGGCCCAACCGGAGCCGGCAGGAGGCCUCGCCGCUGCCCACCUUCUCGGCGGCCGCCAAGGUGCGGGUGGCCCUGACGUGCGUCCUCUUCCUCUCCUCGGCCUGCUGCAACGGCGCCGUGCUCUGGACGGCGGCCCGGGCGCCGGGCCGGCGGCCCCGCGUGCGCGUGCUCAUGGCGAACCUGGCGGCCGCCGACCUGCUGGUGACGGUGGUGGUGAUGCCGCUGGACGCCGCCUGGAACGUCACGGUGCAGUGGUACGGCGGCGACGCGGCCUGCCGGGCCCUCAUGUUCCUCAAGCUGGCCGCCAUGUACGCCUCGGCCUUCGUCACUGUCGUCAUCGCCCUGGACCGCCACGCCGCCAUCGUCCACCCGCUGGCCGUGGGCCGGGCCGAGAGGCAGAGCAAGGCGAUGCUGCGGGCGGCGUGGGCGCUCAGUGCCUUGCUGGCGCUGCCCCAGGCCUUCGUCUUCCGCACGGUGAGCCGCUCGCGGCCCCGCCGCUUCGUGCAGUGCGCCACGGUCGGCAGCUUCCCGGCGCGCUGGCAGGAGACGCUCUACAACAUGUUCACCUUCGCCUGCCUCUUCCUCCUGCCCCUGCUCGUCAUGGUGCUCUGCUACGGCCGCAUCCUCGCCGCCAUCUCCGGGCGGAUGAAGGAAGCCGGCGCCUCCUCCCGGGAAGUCCAGCUCCGCCGCUCCUACGACAACAUCCCCCGGGCCAGGAUGCGCACGCUCAAGAUGUCCAUCGUCAUCGUGCUGACCUUCAUUGUGUGCUGGACGCCCUACUACCUGCUGGGCCUCUGGUACUGGUUCUCGCCGGAGAUGCUGACCCAGGAGAAGGUGCCCCCAUCUCUCAGCCACAUCCUCUUCCUCUUCGGCCUCUUCAACACGUGCCUGGACCCGCUCAUCUACGGGCUUUUCACGGUGCACUUCCGCCGGGAGAUGUGGCGCGCCUGCCGCUGCACCCGCCGCCGGCACGAGCGGGAGGCGGCGUCCGCGCUCACCGGCUCCUUCCGCGUCUCCACCGCAGCCGGGCCGGCGCGGAGAGCCAGCAACAGCCUGGGGGGACCCGGAAAGUACGAGCUGGAGGUGAUGGCGGGGGCAGCCCCGCCGGGCGGGAGGUGCGAGCUGUGCCGCAGGAGGACGGUGGAGAGCUUCAUGUGA